UCAUAACACUAGUAAGUGUAUUGUGAGAGAGUAUGGUAAGGUUUUUGUGCGAUAAGCCCAGAGAACUGUCGCCUGGCCAGUGUAGUGGAAGUAUUGCCAGGCUACUGUGUGUGAUCAGCCUCACAAAUCCACCACACAACAUUGCAGACCAAUGAUAACUCAGGGGAAUUUGAUGAACUGUAUAUCAAAUGUGAUUAGAUUUGGAAGCACACUUACAUGCUGUCAUGACAUUUGGAGUUGCAUUACUAGAAGACCCAUCACUGACUAGCUAGCUACUGUCACUAGUGUUGGCAACAACCCUUCCUACUGUCCACCUUAUCAGGACAUAUUUCAUAAGAACUAAAGUUCCAAUUUCCAAGCCAGUCAAGGAUCUGCCAGUGAAAAUAGUUAGAAAUUUCUGUAUUUGUUCCUGUGAUUUGGUGAGGACCUGCCGUGUGCGCCAUUCCUGAUGGAGUUGUAGUGUAUUGUGUAGCUGCUGAAGGACUAGUAUGAUCACCCCCGGUACAAGCCCUGCCACAGCGGCAGCCAGUAUGAUUCUCCCACGGAGCAACUACUACUCCCAUCUCUGGGCCCCUCACCACCGCCACCAUCAUCUACAUUUACAUUCAGGCUUGAGACAUGACCUACCCUCCUCUCAAGUCCCCCCUCUCACCCCCGGCACCACACAGAAGAUGUCACAGGCCCUAAUAGAGAGCUUCAAGGCUUUUGAGAAGGAACAAACUCGACUCAAUAUUCCAAAAGACCCCAUGCAGUGGUCCCCCCUCCACGUGGUGCAGUGGUUGAACUGGGCAGUGCAGGAGUUCAGUCUUGAGGGCAUUAACAUGGCCAACUUUGCUGUGAAGGGAGCCGAUCUCUGUAAAAUGGAAAAAGAGGAAUUCCUUAGUCGCUGUCCACCAUUCGUUGGUGAUAUCUUAUGGGAACAUUUGGACAUUCUACAGAAAGAAGUUGCUCAAGAGAGGUCACUGUUGUGCAACGUACCACCAAAUUACAGUGAGCCAGUAUGCAUGCCCGAGUUUGGUGAACGUUAUCACCAGCACAAUCAGCAAAGUUACAGCAGCUCUGAGGGUGGCAGUGUCCCGCCAGUGUCCACGGCUCACAGCUACAUGGAAGGUUCCUAUCCGAUCUCCGAGUCGCUGCAGACACUGAAUGACAUGAGCAGUGGAGGGGGAGGUGGGGGCAGCUAUGAGGACACAUCCGACUAUCAGAGUCUGGAGCACAGCAGCUAUUACGACCAGAGCCCUACUGAUUUCUACCCCAUGAUGCCCGAGCAGAAGUUCCGCCCACCUGCCAGUCUACACGCCAAGAACCUAUGUCGAGGCCAGUACCUACCAGACACUCCGCCACAAGACUACUAUGAGCAGCAGUCCUACCAAACAGUGCCAAGCAUAAAGACAGAGAUCCCAUGGUCAACACAAGAGUAUGGCCAGGAUGUUAGUGAGAGCUGGUCACAAAGUGACCAUCGCUCUAGUCUGCCCCCUGUUGGCUUCAGAAACAUCCAGUCAGGAGGUUCAGACUCUGGCAGUGUAGACGCAGGGAAACCCAUGAUCCAGGCAGCAGCACUUGCAGGGUACUCAGGAAGUGGCCCCAUCCAAUUGUGGCAAUUUCUGUUGGAGCUUCUCACGGACAAGUCAUGCCAGCAUUUCAUCAGCUGGACUGGAGAUGGCUGGGAAUUCAAACUGGCAGAUCCAGAUGAGGUCGCACGGAGGUGGGGAAUCCGCAAAAACAAGCCAAAAAUGAACUAUGAAAAAUUAAGUCGUGGUUUGCGCUACUAUUAUGACAAAAAUAUCAUUCAUAAGACGGCAGGAAAGCGCUAUGUGUAUCGCUUUGUGUGUGACCUACAGAGUCUGCUGGGCUACACACCUGAAGAACUGUUUGAAGCAUGUGAUAUCAAGCCACAGAAGGACAAGGAUGAUGACUGAAAUGGAACACAAAGGUCAUUUGUGGCAAUUUUGACCUAUCAAGGACACUUUGUGAUCUCAAGGUCAAGGUUACAGAUUUGACUUUGGCAGCAGAAUCUGAGAAAGGAUGUUGCCAAAAGGCAAAACCACUGUUACCCCAGGUCAUUUACUGACAUUUGACCUCACAAGGUCAGCCUAUUUUUUUUAAAUGGCAAAUGAGUUUUGAAAGUUUCUGUACAGCUGAUGGACUUUGAGUUGGUGAUAACUAGAUAUGUGUAUAAAAGAAAGGUUAGCAGCUUUUGCUAGACAGCUGGUUACAACUGCUGUUAAGAUGUUAUUUGGUGGUUCCAUAGAUUUACACAGCUGCUUGCACUGUUUGAUCCAGGCUGAACCUGAGUACUGAGAACAAUGAUGGAAAGAAAAUACAUGUGUCAUUACAUGAUGCCACAAUACUUGGAGCACAUGUUCCUGUGAAAAUGUGCAGCUCACAGAGACACAAACCUUGAAGUGCUGAGCUUACCAAAUUUCAUCAAAUUGACUGAAAGAGAUAAUAAAGUUUUCCAAUAUGUAAACAGCCCAUGACUGCUAAAGACUUAUAAAAGUGCCUGAACCUUGAUGUUUGCUUGAUUAAACCGCCCAGUGUUACGGUGUGGAGACAUCUGGGGAAUGGGGGAUCUGAAGGUUGUGUGGAGCAGGGCGUGUACAGGCCUGGGGGUGCAGGAACCCUCACCGAGUGCCGUCCAACACCUCGGUCUGGUCAACAGGGUGCUGGUAACACAGCAGACACCUCAUGUUGGAUUCAGCGUUCAGAUCUUCUUAUAUAUUGUGCCAAUUGUGGACUUAUCUUGGGAUCAAAUCCAGCUAAUUUGUUUGUCCAAGUGCUCUUGUGAAAAUAAUAAAGUUAAUGUCAGUUAUAUACUGAAUAAAUGUAGCAAUUUAUUUUUUGAUGUUCAAGAAUGAUAUUUUAAUGUUGUGUACUUUUCAGUCUUAUCAACAAAAUGAAUAUGUGUAUAUAAAUGACUACAAAGGAACGUGUUGAACAAAUAUUUUCAUACUUAAAAGGUAAUGUUGUAUUUUUAUAUUGGUAAUUGAUCAAAGUUUACUCUUUACAGAUUUGAUGGCAUUCUUUGUUGCCUUAUGGAUAUGUAUCCUAACACUUCAGUGAAUUUGUGUGAGUGUAUUUUGUUAUUUGACAAUAGUCCUGUUAGGAGGUAAUUUGACAUGCAGUCAUAUUUAAUUUGACUAUUUUUAAGGUGAUAGUAGAAUAUUUUCGCAUGAUAUUCUGAAAUUCAGAAGCAAAAAACAUCAGCUUCCUAGUUAUUUCCAUGCUGUUAUUAUCACAGUAUUGAACAUGACACAGUAGUCCAAUAAUGCAUUUGUGGAGAUGUCUCAUUUGGUUUGUGUAGACCGACUGAAUGGAGUGUUUUCUACUACUACCUAGUCUCACCCGUGUGUUCUGUUGCCAUUCAGAUAUUUCUUUACUACCUUUAUACACUAUUUUAUAUGCUUUAUGCAGUGGAAGGCUACCGAUACUGAGACCAGUCUUUUAUCCCCUUCAACUGUUCCCCUGAUGAGCUGUGUCAUGUUGAGCGCAGCUACUAUCAUACCACGCCCAUAGAUAAAGAUAAUGAAACAUUGGCUGCAUGUUUUCAUAUGUGCUAAUAUUUUUUUACCUUUUCAAAAAUAUUCCCAUGCAUAAACUAAAACUGCAAUAUGCUACAGGCUGAAGCAAGGCAAUAUUUUCAAAUUUUGCAGUUAUAUCAUAUAUUUUGAUAGCCUUGAAUUUAUGGUCUUAAAUGGUGCUUAAAUCAUGUUGUUUCACCCCCCCAAAUGGGGUGUUUUACGGUGACCUGUAUUGUGAGCUGAGAUUUCCAAGUGCAUUUACUGUUAACAUCCCAUGUAAACAUCAUUGUUGUUAUUGUUGUUUGCUUUGAAACUCUUAUCCAGAGUAGGUUAUGUUCUAGUUUUAUCAAGUUGUUAUUAUUGACAGUUUUAUAUGAUUGAGUGAGAUUUGGAGGAAUUGGUGAAUGCCAGUAGAAACUGUAGUAACAUGGAUUGACAGAUGAAUGAUUUAGGGAAUGAAUGAAUGAAUGAAUGAAUGAAUGAAUGAAUGAAUGAAUGAAUAAUAUCCAGUGGGGAAAUCACAUUAUGUUUUGAAAAAUUGAUUUUUUAUGGAAUUUGUUAACCUCUGGAUAUCUGUUUUAAAGAAAAUGUUAAACAUUCAUCACAUCCAGCCAUAACAUACGUUUUGACAUCAAUGUGUUACAUUUGAUCCCAUUACAGUGUCAUCAAUAUGUCAUCCCAAAUCAUUGCUCAUCUAAACUUCCAAGCUUGGGUCACAUGUCACAUCGACAGUGCUGUGAGAUUAGAGCUUGGGUCACAUGUCACAUGUCACAUCGGCAGUGCUGUGAGAUCGGAGCUUAGAACACAUGUCACAUCCACAGUGCUGUGAGAUCGGAGCUUAGAACACAUGUCACAUCCACAGUGCUGUGAGAUCGGAGCUUGGGUCACAUGUCACAUCCACAGUGCUGUGAGAUCGGAGCUUAGAACACAUGUCACAUCGGCAGUGCUGUGAGAUCGGAGCUUAGAACACAUGUCACAUCCACAGUGCUGUGAGGUCGGAGCUUAGAACACAUGUCACAUCCACAGUGCUGUGAGAUCGGAGCUUGGGUGUUACAGACAUGCCCACCAAUAUGACUUCAGAGUAACUAUUAUCUUCACCGUUACAGUCAUGUUAGAACCAAAACAUUCAAGCUCCAUGAUGCCAUAUCAUGUUGCAAUUGGAGCAAACUUUAUAAUGGUUCAGUGUUAACAUGCUUAAGGCCCUGCAAAUUUCAGUUUCUUAAUAAUUCAAUCAAUCAUGAAAAGGCCAAGCUGUUAUAUAUGACAAAGUUUCUAUUUUUUAGACCUAAAACUACUACCAGUAUUUUGGUGUUGUCAGGGGGUCGGCAUGUCUUGUGUGUCACAAAUGUUGUGCGGCAGAGGCUUGGUCACAUGUCGCAGUGAUGCAUUGUGGGGCCUAGAUUUAGCUCGCGUCACGUUGAUGUGUUGUGGGGCCUGAGUUUAGGUGAAGAGUUGUCAGUCUCACCUUGUAUCUUAUUAUAUUUACAUGUAUUUUGUACCGUGUACGGAUCAAGUGACACUGGACCAUGUGUGCCUUGUGUCCACUAUCACUGCUACUGCUGCCAUGUUUUCUAUGUUUUUUACCUGUUGUAUAGAUGUGAAUUAUUUUUGUGUACCAUAAUGAGGUCAGCCCCUCAUCACUAGCCCAACUCUCUGUAUUUAAUUUUCUAUGUGCAUACUAGAUUGACUUACACGAACAGAAAAAAAAUAUGUAAUGAAAUUAAAAUGUUAAUUUUGUAUGUUGUAAACUGGAGUUAAAACCACCCAGUGAGGAUUUCUCUUCAUGAGAAGUACAAGGAUCCGUUAGGUGUUGGAUAUUGAAAUAAACAAUCAUACAAUCA